UGGAUGUGCCCUGAGGCAAAAACCUCCAGUGAGACUGGAGCCAGAUGGAAGGACCCAGCCACAGGGCUGCAGGCUCUUCAGUCUCUCUCUGGCUGCUUCCCUGCCACCUGUGUUGGAUGCUCUGAGCCUGGCCCAGGUUGCUCUCAAGGUACACCCUCCAGACCAGCACCUUUGCCCACCCAGAGGUUCCUGCUGCUGCUGGGGGUUCAGCACUCUGGAUUGGGGGGGGGGGGGUAGGAGUCCUGGCACCUUCCUUCUGCCUUCCUCUUAGAUCCAAAUGUUCUCGGAUUCCAGCUUUUGUGGGGCAUACCUUUUGAAUUGAGUCCAGAAGGAGGGUUCUCCACCUCUGUCCUGUUGUUAAGUUUUAAUUUCAGUCCCCUAGGAGAAUUCAGUUUGUGAUCAGUAAGGAUCAGAGGUCUGAACUUUUGCUGCUUCUAAGCCGCCAUCUUGACUCCACUCCCCAGUGAAUCUGUUUUCUGAAGGGAGAACACAGCUGGGUUUUUGCAUCCUCCCCAUCUGUGAUUGUGGAAUGGGGCCUCAUUUAGCUGUUUGAAUAUGUUCUUAUUGAUACCAUGAGUGAUGAAGGAAAUAUUUUGUAAUUAAGUGCUUGUCUGGGGAAAAAACUUCAUUGGGGUGUAGACAAUUGUUCCAUACCUAUCUCAGCCCUCUGAAGUGAUAUAGAGGAAAUUAUCUCAUUCACCCACAUUCAAACCCAAAUUGAACUGGUAAAUAGAGUUAAGGGACAACUUGAGAGCAUGCUAGUCAUGGACCACAUGGAGGCCUUUGCCUUGAACUAGAUCAGAGUGGCAGUACCAAGGGGCCACAUCAGGGAACAAAGCAAUAAAGAAUAUCUCAACCACAAGUAGUCAGCCUACUGCUGCCCAGGACACUUGGCAAGGCAAGGUCCUGGAAACCGAGAUAACUGAGUUCUAAAAAAAUCAACCUAAUUCAAUGAGUAUUUAUUGUACCUACUAUGUGCUAGGCAGGGUGGUGUAGUGAAUAGAGUGCUGUCCUCAGGGUCAAGAAGACCAAGUGUUAAGUUCUACCCUUGAUAGCCCCAGCUGUGUGACUCUGGGUACAUCCACCUAACUUCUCAGGCAACAAAGACUUUAGAUGUUGUCAAACAAUUAUUGACCUGCAUUCAUAUAGUGUCUCCUUACCAUUGGUUCCAUAAAAUGAAACCAUGAGUCUAGUUCAAUGUACGAGAUCCUGGAAAGCCAAAGGCAAGAAUAAAGAUAGCCCCUAUCCUCAGGGAGUUCACAUUCUACUGGAGAGAAACAACCUAAAUGCAUAAAAGUGAAUCCAAAAAAAAGUGUAAUGCAAAGUAAUUUGGGGAGUCAUCAUUGACAACUAGGGAAGGAGGCAGAGCAUUGACUUCUGUUUUAAGAUGAAUUAUUAAAGUAGGUUCCAAACUUAAGUUUCCAAGAUGUCCUGCAAGAGUGAAACCUUCUUGGGAGAGAUGUUUGCCAACAUGUCUGACCUUUUGAACCUUUAAGCAACUCUUUUUCAAUGGAAUUCUUAAAUGGACCUAGACAGUGAUACGUUGGGCUACCAUUUUCUUCCCAACACCCGUGGCAUGCUCUGUUUUAGACACAGGGAACCCAUUGACAUAUGGCAUGGGGGCUGUGUUUUUGAGAAUUCCAUAUGGGUUUAGAUAUAAGGGUGCUAAAAAAAUCACUUUAAAAUAACAUUGAAAUAAAUAUCCAAUUUCUAGUCAUUCUCUUAGUUAAAAAACGUGCAGGACUGACCUUCUGGAAAAAAGAUUCUUCAUCUUUUUUGUGUCAUAGACCCUAGAAUUAAAUCCCCUUUUCAGGAGCAUGUUUUUAAAUAAUUGAACAAAAGGCUAAAUUUCAGUUAGAGUUUAAUGAAAACAAAGAUGUAGAGUUUUUUUUUUUCUCAUCCAUUUCAAGGACAUCCUGAAAUCUAUCCAGAGACCCCCUCAGAGAAUCCAUGGAUCCCAGUUUGAAAACUCCUGAUCUGGCAGUAUGCCCUAGUAGAAAGAUCAUGGAACUCAAAAUGAAGAGAUCUGAUAUUCUGCCCUUGACUACUAUUGUGAUCUUGAACAAGGCACGUCCCCCUCUGGACCUUAGUGUCAAUAAACUGAGGGGGCUGGAUUGGACAAUCUUUACAGAUCCUGGGAUCUUAACUUGUUUGUGCCCCAGUUUCUCCAUUUCUGAAAUGGAAUUUCAGCAAAUAAGAAGACCCAGAAUGAUUACUGAUCCAUGACUCCCAACAGUAUGUCAGAAAAUGGCCUUCCAGCAUGGGACAAGCGGAAGCCUCCUCCGCCUCCUCCUGACCAAGAAUACACCUGGGGCCUCGUAGGAAUGUCCGAAGACUGCUUACAUAGGAAGGGCCACUCAGAGAGCAGCAGCGGGGGGUUGAAGAGCGAAGCGCCCCCGCCGUCCUCACGUCUCCAGACUACAGCGGCUUGGGCUAGCCCAGUAUUCCACCUAGACCCUGGCGACACCCACGAUCAGGGAGUGGCGAGCACGCAGGCUGACCAAACCGAAGAGAAGAAAUGCAAAGGGUACAUACCCAGUUACUUAGACAAGGACGAGCUAUGUGUAGUUUGUGGUGACAAAGCCACUGGGUAUCACUACCGAUGCAUCACUUGUGAAGGCUGCAAGGGUUUCUUUAGGAGAACCAUUCAGAAAAAUCUUCACCCAUCUUAUUCCUGUAAAUAUGAAGGAAAGUGUGUAAUAGACAAAGUCACUCGGAACCAGUGCCAGGAAUGUCGUUUCAAGAAAUGCAUCUAUGUUGGCAUGGCAACCGAUUUGGUAUUAGAUGACAGCAAACGGUUGGCAAAGAGGAAGCUGAUAGAAGAAAACCGUGAGAAGAGACGCCGGGAAGAGCUGCAGAAAACCAUCGGGCACAAGCCGGAGCCCACAGACGAGGAGUGGGAUCUCAUCAGAACGGUCACAGAAGCCCACGUGGCCACCAAUGCCCAGGGCAGCCACUGGAAGCAGAAGAGGAAAUUUCUGCCCGAAGAUAUUGGACAAGCACCGAUCGUCAAUGCCCCAGAAGGUGGAAAAGUGGACUUGGAAGCCUUCAGCCAGUUUACAAAAAUCAUCACACCAGCAAUUACGAGAGUGGUGGAUUUUGCCAAAAAGUUGCCUAUGUUUUGUGAGCUGCCAUGCGAAGAUCAGAUAAUCCUGCUGAAAGGCUGCUGUAUGGAGAUCAUGUCCCUCCGAGCGGCCGUGCGCUAUGACCCCGAGAGUGAGACUUUAACCCUAAAUGGGGAGAUGGCCGUGACGAGGGGCCAGCUGAAAAACGGAGGCCUUGGGGUGGUGUCUGACGCCAUCUUUGACCUGGGCAUGUCACUGUCUUCUUUCAACCUGGAUGACACUGAAGUGGCCCUUCUUCAAGCGGUCCUGCUCAUGUCUUCAGAUCGCCCCGGGCUUGCCAGCGUGGAGAGGAUAGAGAAGUGUCAGGAGGGUUUCCUGCUGGCCUUUGAACACUAUAUCAACUACCGCAAACACCACGUUGCACACUUUUGGCCAAAGCUGCUGAUGAAGGUGACGGACCUGCGGAUGAUUGGCGCCUGCCAUGCCAGCCGCUUCCUGCACAUGAAGGUGGAGUGCCCCACAGAACUCUUUCCCCCUCUGUUCCUGGAAGUGUUUGAGGACUGAGCAGGACUGGUCUGGUUCUCACAAUUCUGGCAGCGCUACAUAUGGGGUGUCAUUCCAUUCCAUUGCCUCGCCCGCCCGCCGUCCGUGUUUCUCUGUACCUUGGGGAGGGGGGACUAUUGUGGUUGUUGUUGCUGGGAGGGGAAGUCCUGGUUGGCUUUUUUUUUCACGUUGAUGUACACGGGUGAAAAUGUCCCCCGAAUGUGGGUACUUGUGACGAUCGCAGACCGUCCUCCGGUCCUCGGCUGCGAAUGUUCUGAAAAUGGCGCAACAGCGAUGUGGGAAGAAAGCUCACACGUUCACCAGCACUAAGUGAUCACCAGCGUCCAUCCUGCCCCAGUCGAUGGUGAUACAAAGCGAAGCUGCAGAAAAUUAAGGGCACCUUCUGUGGUCUUGGUUUAGUGAAGGACUUUCUCAAUCAGGUUCCGUUUUGUAGGGCACAAAGAAAUCUUGCAAUGAAUGUAGCUUCCACGUCCAUGCCCUCCCCCAAGUUGGUCUACGUUAUCUCAUGUCCUUAAGACAUCCAUCCUCUUCUUGCCCCAAUGGGAACAUAGACCUGGAGCAGGGCUUUAGAAAUCAUUUCCUCUAAUCCUUCCAUUUUGCAUAUGGGGAAACUGAGUCCUGGAGCGGUUACGUGAUGCGUUUAGACUCACAUACUCAUUAAGUGAAAGAACUGAGAUGUAAACCUCAAGGUCUCUGACUCGAAAUCCAGCACUUUUUCCACUUGGGUUGUUGACCACGGAGAUAUUGGUUCUCUGUCCAGUGAGAUACUUCUUUCAGGGUGAUGCUUUUCAGAUGCUUGAGGUCAAGCUCCAUGCUGGGAGUGGCUCAAAGGGAUGGAUGGGUUUAUUGAACCAGUGGUGUUCAUCAUGGAGGAAAGAAGGGAUCUGACGGCCACGAGGAGAUUGGAAAUGUAUGCCAAGGAUGCAGCAUGCAUAGAAUGGUACUUCUCAAGAGGAAACCAUUAUGGUGUGCUUAGAGGUGAAGGAAACUUGAACAUGAACCCAACUGAGAUACCAAAUGAAGAUGUGGUGGUGGCUCCUACAUGUCAUCACUGAAGUUGUGUACCCACAAUGCCUAGUGGGAGGUGGUCUUGGCUGAAGUGGCAACAGAUUUCCCUGCCAAUAAAAUCUUCUAACCAAAGACAGCUGUAAAGUAUCCGUCUGAGUCUGGUUGAGGAAGUGUUCCAAGGAAAGAGAUUAGGUAGUUACCUUCAAAGCGGAAGAAACAUGAGAUAGCCAGUGGUCCUGUUGUAAACUGGUCCUUUAGAGAAGGCAUCCCAUGACUCUGGGAAAUGCAUAUUAUCAUAGGAUCACAGAUCUAGAGCUGGAAGAAAGCUCAGAGGUCACCUUUCAUUUUACCAAUGAAGAAACUAAAGCCAAGAGAAAUUGAGUGACUUCGCAAAAUUCACACCAACAAAAAGUGUCAGAGGUAGGAUUUGAACACUCAGCCCUCUAACUUUAGAGCCAGUGUGUCAUAGUGUUGCUUUUUUUUCCAGACUUAAAAUCUAUUGGAAGAACAUGAACACAAAAUUGCUUGUUUCUUGUUUUGUUUUGUACUUGAUCCAUUGGAUCUCCACUAUGCCGUACAAGAAGUAAGCACCUGAGACUAGAUUUGAACCCAGCUCUUCUGGCUCUAGAUCCAUGCCCUUUCCACUAUACCAUGCUGCUCCUCUCACUGACACUGUUUCCCCUGAGUCCCUGUGACUGUGGGACAUAAUAGACAUUAACAGUUUGGUUGUUUUUACCAGACAAAGAUAAAAUUCCAUCUCUCCCUGGCUUCUCUUCUCAUAAAAUUGCUCCAGAAUGAUAUUCAGAAUGGAACUACCUAUAGGCCAUUCAUCUUUGCCCCAAAAUCAUUAGAAGAAAAGGUGAUGUGUGGGAAAUAGCAUGCAGAAGUGUUAUGUUGACUUCCUUUCUUCUGUAAAAUGGCGGAGUUUUAUUAGAUGGUCUCCGAGGUCCUUUCCAUCUCUAAAUCCAAUGAUGCUGUGAUGUCUGAUCCUACUGAGCUGUCAUUAUUAAGCACCUACUCCAUGUUAAACACUGGAGACACCAAAGUAAAAAUAAAACACUCUUGCCCUCAAGGAGCUUCCAUUCUAAUCUCUUGAAUGCCAGCAAAUUGGGCAAGAAUGAAUUCUUUGCUAAGGAAUUUAUCUAAAUGAUGCAAUAGAUCGGUGAUAGGUAGACUCAUCUUUUUAUUGGCCCAUCCUGAAAAUUUGGAAACUGCAAGCCCAAGCGGUCCCUACAGGGGCAUCCAUACAAAGGGAAGGGUGAAAGACUCCCAUGCAGCAAGUGCUCCAGAUUGGGCAUCAGGACCUCUCAGAGCCUGUUUCCUCAUCUAUAAAAUGGCCUGGUUGUGCCGGAGGGUCUUUAAAGGUCUCAAAAAGAAUAUUGUCUUCUUACAAACACCUUCCAUUAGACCAGCCUUCCAUUUAUAAGCAGAGAAGUCACUGUGAUGGUAUUGAUUCACAUUCCUUUUUAAUACAGAGUAUGUGAACUAAUUAUAAGGACAAUAGGAGAAAGGGCCAGGGUGUCCCCCUUGGGAAUAAGGGAGGAAAAGUGCUGACUAGCCAGAUAGAAGAGAAAUGAGUCACGGGAGAUAAAGGAAAAGAGGAAAUCAUUGAGAAUGAGCCAACCAAGCGUUGAGAUGCAAGCACAGGGGCUACGUUAAGAGUAGACGUUAAGGUGGAAAUUCUCCAACUGCACCAAGGAAUCGAGUCUUCACGCAGUUGUAAGCUAUUAAAGUUUAAUUAGGUACUGAAUCGUUUUAAACUAUUAAAGGUUUUAAGCUAAGACGUUUAGGACACCCCAUGCCGUCCCUGUUCCAUUAUCUAACCAGAGAUUGGCCGAAUGUAUCCUCUCUCUACAAAUCUCCUUUUGGAGGUGUGUUGACUGUAUCCAUCAAGGCAGCCUCCUUGAAUAUUUGCUCAGUCGACAUUGCACCUCCCUCUUUGCCACAGAAACAUUUGUCCAUUCGCUCUGCUCCAGGAGAGGAUUGGAAGAAGAUAAAACUUGUACCAAUCCAAGAGAGGCUAUCCAAGAACUGGAAUGAAUUACAGGAGAGGGACAGGAUGGGGAAACUGGGUGGGUCCCCAGCUCUUCCAACAUCAGUUAUUCACAAUUGUGUAAGAGAAUUUGCAAGGCGAGAUAAUGUCCUUUGCAUGCGUUGCAGAUUCUCUCUUUUACACAAUCUAACCUUAUUACUUUUCUAAGUGAAUUCCAGGUGAAAAAUCACACCUAUAUUUGCUGUGUGGCCCUGAAAAAGUCACUUAACCUCUCUGGGUCCCAGUUUCCUUAUUAAAUGAAGGGGCUGAACUCAGUAACCUCUAGAGUCGCUGCUAGCUCUAACUCUAUGAUCCUAUGUGUAAUGUAAAAAGAAAAGUGGAGUCUAACGCAAAAUGGAAAGUCCUUGUGGAUUGCCCAUGCCUCCAUUGGUGUGAACACCCAAAACAAAGCACGUUUGGGCUGCAACAACACAGCACAAAGAGAAGAGAAUAUUUGACAAUAGCUAGACGGGCUUCGUCCUGAGAUCUUAUGCCUAAAUCAGUCUGGCUGGCCAUCUACCCAUGAAGAUGGAUACCUUUGCAAAGGAGCAGGCUUUGGAAGUCAUGAUCACAACACAUCAGUCCCAGUCUUUGUGUAUCACUCUUGGGUACUCCAUCCCAUGAAAGCUCAUUUUUGUGAGGGCUCGUCUUGGGUUUUUUCCCCUUAUGCCAGACCUUUGGGCUCAAAGACAUCUCUGGAUGAACAGAAUUCUCCUCCUGCCUUCGAGGAUGGCAUCCUAACCCAUCCCAAGAUCUCUGUGGGACCAGACUUCUCCCUUAUAAACCCCUUCACUCUGGGGAAUGUUCGGUGUGUGUGAUCUCUCUUUCCGCUCAUCAGCUUAGCAGCCUUUCCAAACCCACUGCAAAUGGCGAUCUCUUCAUUUCUUUUCCAUAUGGUUCUACCAAAAACGCCGUGUGCCACGGCCGAGCUUUUGUGAUCACGUGAGCUUUGCUCCUUAGCGACGUGCUUCGGAUUUCACCGCCCCAGCCCUGCGAUGUGCGCACAUCUGGGUCUGGAGCCUUGCCUAUGCAGUUUUCCAUGUGCUAAUUCUACGGGAAGGAACACUCUGCCAAGCCCGAGGAUUUUUAGAAACCUGCUCCUUUUCCACCAUGCUAACCGCGAGCUUUCCCGCGCCUGGGUAUAGAAGCACCAACAGCCUCCCUGUCCCUGGCUCCCCAGACCUGCUUUUUCAGAGCUCCUGGUCACUCUCCACAUGUGUCAUUGUUAGUGAUGUAUUUUUAUUCUGUGGAACGCUAAUCUGGUUGUGUCAUACUGACCUUAAGUUGCAUGAAUCAUCAAUUGGAAAAUCAAUCUUUUGGUUUUGAAAUGUAGCCAGCAUUUGUAAGGCUAAACCUUUUUCAUUAACCGAAUUUCAAUGAGCAACCAAGGAAUAUUUGCUCUUCCGAAGGAGAGCAAAGGCAAACAUUUGAAAUAAUGUCACCCUUUCCAAUGCCCAAGCCCAUCGGAUCUUCAAAUAAGCUCUUCAUUUUUCUGUUAUUUGAAUAAUAUGGAAAUAUUAAUGUAGUGUUUCUUUUGAUAGCAAGAUGAUAUGAUUGGUAUUUAAAUUUUAUAGAAAAUGAAUUUUAUCAUACUGUGAUGUAGAUAUUUAUUUUCCAGGUAAGAAGCCACCCAGUAUGUAUUUUUUACAAUGGAAAAUUUUGCUUUUAAUCUUUAAAAAAUUAAAAAAAAAUUAAAACAUAAAAAUACACACAUACACAAAAUAGACUUUAAAAAAAAAAGGUUUGGCCUUAUCACGGAAUUUUUCCUGUGCUAUAUCAAUGUUUGCAGAUGCAAAAAGUAUGAAUUUCUCUUGUGUCUCCACAUUGACAUCGUACGUCGCCUUCAGAAGCAAUAUCGUGCAGGUUCAAAUAUGCUGUUUGUGUCUCUCCAUCACACAGUUUACCUAUUUUUUAAAAAGCGAAACCCUUCUUAUGCAGAAGACAAUCAAAGAUACAUCUGUAUCCUGCCAGGCCAUGGAUAGAACUCUGGUAUUACUGAGCACAAUGGAAGACAGACAGAAAAAAGACACUCGAAUUCCACAGGUAACGUUGGACUAGAAGACUACAUCAGGGCAUGAACGAGCCGACUUCCUGCUCUUUCCUUCCUCUUUGGAUCCCCCCUUCUGAACCUGGCAUUUUUCAAGAACCAAAUUUUCCUUAAAGCAAACAGCCCUCCUCGGUUCCCUUUCCGUGCCCUGAAAUCAAGAGAAAUCACCAUGCUAGAGUGCAAGCUUUUCAGUCUUUGAUGAUGUUUUUUUUUUUUUGCAAACAGUGUUAAGUGAUAAUGCUAGAUUGGUAAUAUUUUUUCAGCCUAAAAGUAUAUUAAAGAAAAAAAAUCUGUGAUUGAAAUGUUUUAAACUAUCCAAAAGAGAAAAUUUGUAUAUUUGGGGAAAAAUGAAUUUUUACACAGCUUUUGUAUGCAGAUAUUAAAAUGUAAUUAUGAAUAUAGUGGGCAUAGAUAAACUUGUAAGCUUAAAUUCUAAAAAAAAGAAAAGAAUGAAAGAAAGAAAGAAAGAAAGAAAAAAGCUUAUAACUGA